GGGUGUAACGAUUAAUCGAAUUCUCGAUUAAUCGCGAUUAUGACCGUUCGGUUCGAUUCACGAUUAUUUGAUUCCACGUUUCGAUUUUGGUUCGAUUUUUUGCAUACCUUUCCAAAAGUGCCCUCAGUGAGUCAUUAUAUUGUAAACUUAGAAUCCAGAUCUCAAUAAGAUGUUCGUUUUUCAUUGACAAUCGAUCAAAGACGCUAAUUUGCAGUUCUUGCGCCAUGUUGCUUGGUAAAAAUCCCGGGGUAAAAAUGUUGCCCCUCUACCACCCCCUGAGAAUUUCCAAAUAAGGCAAACCAUGUGCGUGCUCACAAACAUGGCGGACAACACGGCGACGAAUGGCCAAGCGAUUGUGAAUCCGCCUGCUUCUUUUCGAUCCGCAGUGUGGAAAUAUUAUGGUUUUCCGACUAAAGACGGAACAACAGACAAGUCUAAAACUAUCUGCAAAAUUUGCUUCGCAACUUUCAAGUAUUGUGCCGGUUCGACUUCAAGCAUGAGCGCUCACUUAAAAAGUCAACACAGUAUUGAUGAAAAGUCAGAAGUGUUGCAGUCAAAGACGGCAAAAACUUCACCGGGUACCAAAAACAGUACUGGAACAGGACAGUCAAAAAUUCAGGAUGUUAUGAAGAAUAAGUUGCCGCGGUCGGGCAACAGAGCAACGGCAAUAACGAAGUCUAUUGGAGUUUUCAUUGCAAAGGACAUGAGGCCCUAUUCAGUUGUGGAAAAUAAAGGGUUUCAACACAUGAUCAACGUUCUGGAGCCAAGGUAUGACUUACCAAGCAGAGUUCAUUUUUCUGAGAAGGUGAUACCUAAACUUUACGAAGAAGUCAAAGCAGAAGUCGAAUCAGACCUUAAAAGUGCCGAGUUCGUGGCUUUAACAAGUGAUGGAUGGACAUCUAGAUCAACCGAAAGCUACAUAACAGUUACCGCACAUUUCAUCCAAGAAUGGAACAUUAAAAACUAUGUUUUGCAAACAAGAAGAAUGGAUGUGUCACAUACAUCGGAAAACUUAUCAAAUAUACUGACUUCAGCUAUAUCUGAGUGGAAUUUACAAAGAUAUGAACAGAAUCCAUCUCUGACAUCUGACAAUGCCAGCAAUAUAGUGAAUGCUGCAAAGCAAGCUGAACUUUCACCACAUGUUGGAUGUGUGGCCCAUACAAUCAAUCUGGCAACCCAAAAAGGACUUAAGGUAUCUCAAAUGGACAGGCUUCUUGGAAGGAUAAGGCGCAUAGCAAGCUUUUUCCAUAGGAGCACAACAGCUAUGGCAGUUUUGAAAUCAAAACAAGCUUUAUUGGAAUUGCCACAACACAAGUUGAUAAAUGAUGUACCAACUAGGUGGAACUCCUCAUAUGACAUGGUGCAGCGGUUUUUAGAGCAACAGGCAGCAAUUGAAGCUGUCCUCUUGACAAAGGAUGUCAAGAAAAAUGCCAAAGAUGUUCAUUUCCUGUCAGAAAAUGAUAUCUCUGCAGCAGAGAGUGUCAUCAAUGUACUGGGACCAAUCAAGACCAUUACUACUAUCCUUUGUGAUGAGAAGACGCCUACAGUAUCCAUGAUUCACCCUCUGAAGGAGAUGCUGAUUCAGCAGUUGAAAGUUUCAGAUGAUGACAUUAUGCUUGUUAAAGAAGUAAAAACAGCUAUAGCAAAGGAUUUGGAUGCUAGAUAUACAGACCUUGACACAUUGCAGUUUCUGAAGGAGAGUUCCUGUUUAGAUCCAAGGUUUAGAUCCAUGCCAUAUCUUGAUGAAACCGAGAAACUAGAUGUCUACACUGCACUUACCUUGAAAGCAGUCUCACUGAAUGAGCAACAACAAAAUUCAGUUCAGGUGAAGACUGAAGCAGACCAGCCUAGUGCGCAGGGACAGCCACAGCUGCCCAAUUUGCCAAGUCUACCAACUCUGGAGGGUGAACAUUCAAAUUCCAGUGGAGACACAACUGUUGUCCUCACAAGUGAUCCCCCACCAGAAAAGAAAAGGAAAUCUGCCUUGGAUGAUCUUUUUGGAGAUGUUUUUAUAACUAAAGUUCAUCCUGGGAAGUCAGUGUUUCAGUUAGUUGAGUCAGAGUUGGCUAAUUACAAAGUUGAAGAAACCAUGCCUUUGAACUCUAAUCCAUUGUUGUGGUGGGAAGCAAAUGAGCUGAAAUAUCCCAUUUUGUCAAAGUUGGCCAAAAAAUAUCUAUGUGUCCCUGCCACAUCAGUGGCCAGUGAGAGGGUUUUCUCUUCUGCAGGGGACAUUGUGUCUGCUCAGAGGUCAUGUUUGCAUAGUGAUCAUGUAGACAAGUUACUUUUUUUACAGAAAAAUAUGAGAGUGCACUAGAUCUAGAUUCUAGAAAGAACUCAAAAAAGAACACUGACAAAUUGCAUGUUUUUUAUUUGUUAUUGCAUCCUUGAAAUAGAUUAAUAAUGUUCCUGUUACUAUUGUAUCCUCACAUUGAGAGUUUAGGGUUGUAUGUUGUUACAUUGUGUAUCAUCUUGCAAGAAUUAAAAAUCAUUAAUAUUUUGCAUAA